AUGGGCAGAUUAAAAAACGCUAAAGCUGAUCUACUUAAAUCCAUUGAACUGGAGCCCAAAUUAUCAUCUGCCUAUUGGAAUAUACAUUUGAUAUUUUUACUUGAAGGCGAACCAGAAGAAGCAUUGCAUAAUUUGGAACAAUGCAUGAAAUGUGCCAAUAUCAUUCAAUCAAUACAAAGUUUCACUAGCACUACGCAUGAUUGCAGUGCAAAGGAUAACAAUGAAAAUCUUCAUUGUGCCAUAAAAUGUUCCACUAUGAAAUCCUAUCAAUUGUAUCAAGAUAUUCUUAGUUCAAAAGCAUUUAUUUAUUCUUUAUUAAAUGAUUCCCAAAUGGAAAUUGAAACUUGGACAAAGUUGAUCAAUUGUAAUCCAGCAUGUGAAUUAGCUUAUCAUAAACGAGCGAAUCUUUAUCUUAAG